AUGUGGACUGAACAAAAAAGAUUCGAGAUUCUUCGAGUGACAUCUCCAUACCAACCGACACUCGGGGCUAACAAGGCAUGGGUCAGGGUGUUCUUAAAAGCAACAAUCAAUGUACAGAAUGCCACGAAUCAAUAUAACGCAGGUCCCUGCUUAUCUGGGGCUCAUUUAUGGUCAGUGACAUGUGUCCUCCAGAUUAAUCAAUGUUCAGGUUUUUAUAUCGUGGCAUUUGACUCACUACGCAACAGGAGUCCAUUCUUGAAACUCGGAGAUGAGAUGUUCUUAGAAGAGAUGCUGGGGUAA